AUGCGCAUUUCUGACUCUAUCCUCUCUAUCCUUCUCCUUGUUACCUCGGCCUCCGCCUCCGCCAAUCCGGAGCCGGAAGCCGACCCUCUGCCCCUCCCCGAGCCCGCUGCCGACGCGGAUGCCGGAUCGGCCCCGGCUCCCGGCACGUCUCUCUUCCAGCGCGCCAUUCCCGAGCUCCUCGCCACUCGCCUCGACGCGUUCAUUGCCGAGGACGACCUGGAUAGCGAAGGACAGGCGCCGGCCCUCGAGAAGCGCGCCUGCAAGUACAACGGCUGCAAGUGCAACUCGCGCGGCAAGCAGUUCCGGUCGUGCGGCAACUGCGUGUGGACGGACAAUGGCGCGUGGGUCAUCAAGAAGAAGAGGGUCAAGAGCCACAUCUACGAAUGUGCGCCCGACGGCGGAUGCUGCGACUACGGCCCUGCCAAGGACUGCGGGAAGAGCACGGCGAGGUGCUACGUCAAGGGUUGA